UUCGAUACAUUUCCUCCGUGUAUGUACUGUGUAUAAUUUUUUGGGUUUUAUUACAAUUUUAUGACUAAAAUGUUAGAAUACAAUGUAGUGAAUAACAAAUUUUAACUAAUUUAACGCCUUAAGGUGCCCUGUGUAACUACAAACCAAAGAUAAAAUGCAUUUUCUUUAGUAACUAGUCCAAAAUCUAUCGCCCUAAUUUUUUUUCAUUUGUUUUUCUCAUAUUAUCGAAGUGUAGUGUUUAUCAAUUGCUUUUAUAAUUGAGUAUCCUAUUGUUUGUUCUCAAGUAACAUUUACAGGCGAUUUGAGUGCACCAGUGAUUUACAAAGUGUAAAAAAACUGACUGGAAAAAUCAGUGUGAAAAUGUGUAAAUAAUUUUCAUUUUCUAUUAAAGUAAGUGUUAAGGUCCUAUAAAUAAUCAGUACCAUUAAAAUAGACAGUAACACCAUGCUAUCGUACAGUUAAAACCUUAAAUUCGUUAUAAAAUUGUCACUAUCAACUAUGGUGCUUAGAUAAUUUUUGGAUAUUUUGUGUGUUUUUGGAGUGAAUUUUUAAAUUAAAAUGGUUACGAUGAAUUCAUCUGAGAAGGCUGCGCAGAAAGCGUGUCAGCAAGGCCCAUCAAGGGAGAACACAAAAUGUGUAAAAGAUGACAAAGAAAAAGAUAAAGACAAGGACAAAGAAAAAGAUAAAAAAGAUAUGGUAGCCAGUCUUCCUCCCAGUGUCCAAGCUUUGAUGUCAACUAUUCCAUCACCAGAAGAAUCUCCAAACUAUCUUGUGUAUAAAAAGAUGGAGGCCAUAAUAGAGAAGAUGCAGGAUGAGAACACCGGAGUACCAGUCAGGACUGUCAAGAGCUUCAUGACUAAGAUACCUUCCGUGUUCACGGGUACAGACCUGGUGGCGUGGCUGAAUCGCCACCUUAACCUGGAAGAGACCUGGGAAGCUCUGCAUAUUGGCCAUCAUUUAGCAGCACAUGGCUAUCUCUUCCCUAUAGAUGACCACUGUCUGACUGUGAAGAAUGACAACACUUAUUACAGAUUUCAAACACCAUACUUCUGGCCAUCCAACCAAUGGGAACCAGAAAAUACAGAUUAUGCUGUGUAUCUCUGCAAACGGACUAUGCAGAACAAAGCCCGGCUUGAACUAGCCGACUAUGAAGCAGAAUCUCUAGCCCGGCUGCAAAAGAUGUUCAGCCGUAAAUGGGAGUUCAUAUUUAUGCAGGCUGAAGCACAAAGCAAGGUGGAUAAAAAACGCGAUAAAUUGGAGAGGAAAGUUCUAGACAGUCAAGAGAGAGCAUUUUGGGACGUGCACAGACCAAUGCCUGGAUGUGUUAACACUACAGAAGUGGAUCCAAAAAAGCAGUCCAGAAUAAAUGCUUUGAAGGCGAAGAGGCUGCGGCAAUGUCAGGAGCUGAUACUGCAGCACAACUUGAAGAAUAACCCAAUAGUCACAAUAACCAACGCGCAAGAGAGCGAAGAGGCAAUCCAGAAGAACACAGAAGGCAGCACCAAAGACAAUGCUAUAAAAGAGAACGGCGAGACCUCUCAACAGUUGCCAGAGACCAUCGACAUCAAAGAGAAGACCAUAGAGCAACAGAUAGAGGCGGCAAAGAGGCAGCUGUCCGUGCUGAAGGCGCGCUUGGAACGAAGGAACGUACGAGUCAGUAAAGUUGCCGAAAUGUUUAUAUCAUACUGCGAGCAGUAUGCAGAGUAUGAUGCAUUCCUGACGCCACCGGAGUGGCCGAAUCCUUGGCUUAGUGACACGACUGAGCUGUGGGAUCAAGAGAAACAGUGCAAGGAACCACUUCCAUUGCGUCGCGUGCGUCGUUGGUCGUUCGGUUUGCGCGAAUUACUCCGCGACCCCCCAGGAAGAGAACAUUUUGCCAAAUUCCUUAGCAAGGAAUUCAGCGGAGAAAAUCUCAAGUAA